AUGACUUCUGACAAAGACAGUGAUGACAGUGAUGACAGUGAUGACAGUUAUGACGAUUAUUGCUUCAGUUAUAACGACAAGGUUUUUCGUUUGUUAGUUGAAAAAUGCGAGGGUUCGUUUCUGUACGCUUACCACGCACAAGAAAGCUUAAAAAAAGGAAAAUUUAAGAUAACUUUCGAGAAUAUUAAACAAUUGGUCCCUAGUGGGUUAAGUGGUGUUUACACAAAGCAAUUCAAAAGAGUAAAAGAAUUGUUAAGAAGUUUUAAUUUCCUGUUUAGCUAUUUAGGUUUUUCUGGUGACAUCAAGUUUGAAGUCCGCAGUAAAAUCAUUGAACCGUUAUCUCAAAUUUUGCCAGUUUACGAUGAUUGUUUAACCGUGUAUCACAAAUCUCUCAUUGAUUGGUUGAAAUCAGAUGGUUACGAACAGCAUGAGUUUACAGUUGAUCCAAAAAAUGGUCAUAAGUUCUUAUGGCAUGCUUGUGAGAAAGUGUUUGAACAAAUUAAGUCGAUGAACAUUUUUGAAGAUCAGAUGAACACUGUUAUGAUUAAAUAUGCUUUGAAGAAUGGAAUCUAUCAUAUGUCAAAAUGUGGCGAAAAUGUUGACGUUAGCUGGGCAGUAGAUGUCAAAGUGGUUUGUGCGAGGUUAAUGGGUGUGGAAAACAUUGACAUGUAUACCAUUAGCUCUGAAUUGUUUGAAAUCAUUAAGGAGCUACGUACUUUCUUGAAAAAAGAUGUAAUUGAAGAAGCACUAAUUGAUUUGCUUACGACACAUAAAAAUGCGAUGCAAAAGUUUGAUGAAAACUUUUUUUAUUCACAAAUUAUUGCAAACAGAAUUCAUGGCAGUAAAGAAAAUGGAUUAUUGGCAAGGGAUUUAUUGAGACAAGGAAAGUUUGUUUGGUUUGAGGAUUUAGACUCAACAUAUUUAACAAACCAUCAUCAUUUGACUGUCUCCUUGCGCGCUAACGUUACAUCUCUUUGUGUGUCGUCCAAUGAAGAACUUCUUGCUGUAGGAUAUGAAAAUGGUCAAAUAUCUAUUUCUGAACUUCCUGAAUUUAAACAACGAUGGACCCUCGGCACUGCACUCGAUGAUUCAAGGUUAGAUAAGUGGGAUAAUGUAGAUGAUGUAGACACAUUUAAAUCCCAGUAUGACAUCUAUGACUAUUCAGCAUUAAUGAAAUUUAGUUUUGUACGUGGAAACAUCUGUUGUUGCUCCUUUUCACCUACCGGAAAUAGACUGGUAACUAGUGAUGGAUCUACUGAAGUAAAGUUAUGGGACGUUAACAAUGGACGUUUGUUAUUAUGUUUACAGUCAGAUGAUGUCGUUAAUCGUUGCUCUUUCUUAGAUUCUGGUUUGUUUAUUACAGCAUUAUGUGUAAAACAUUGCUUUGAACAUUCUAAAGAUGUGUUCACUGCGUGGAAUUCAUUAACUUUGCAAAGAAUCGAUCGACGCUGCGUUGUUGAUUACCAAAAACUACAAUACACCGUUAAAUGUUCAGAAUUUGUCGAGACUUCGUAUGUUUUUCAAUUCCCAAAGGCAAUCGAUAUUUUUUUAAGUAAGAAGGAAUAUCCAGUACCUUUACAUUUAAUGAAAACCCACCAUUAUCGUGAUUGUAUUUAUUAUCAUACAAACCAGAAUGGAAAGCUUUCUGAAAUCACUCAGUUGACAAAAUACAACGACCAAGGAGUAAUCGAGUUUUGUUUACCAAAUGUUUGGUGUCCAUGUGUUGAUAGGACUCUUACCAAAGUCCAUCCAAUCUCGUUUAAGGAAUUUUACGUUGUGCCGUAUUUUUCCAAGCUUAAAAUUUUCAAGACUGAUCAUCUUUGGAGACCUUCAUUUAUCUUUGAUAAAUUUAAAAUUGAAUGUUGUUGUUUUUCACCGGAUGGAUCUUUUUUGGCUUCUUUCGCUGUUAGUGACCACGUCAACAUUCAUAUUUGGAGCAUUGAACGUUGCACUAUUAUUCAAACUGUACCAAUGCAACUGAAAGAUGCAUUAGUAUGUUGGUGGUCGGAUGGUUUACUGUGGAUAUGGGAUGAUUCUGAUCAUCUUACGAAGAUACCAACUUCGUCUGAAAAUUUUGUAGAUUCUACUAAAGCAAAGCAUGUUAACAUUGGAUUUAAACCUAAGAAAAUCUUAACAUUUGGUGAUGUCUUAGUUUGUAUUGACGAACAAGAUUUUGUCCAAGUUGUUAGAAUUACCAAGGGUAAGAUACAAUACAACAAAAGACUUCCUGUUGAUAGUUCAAAAUUUAAAGCAGCAGCUGUAUCACAUGAUAAUUCUGUUAUUUUAACUGUAAACAAAACAGAAUACACAUUAUGGAAAUGGGGAAAUAACAACAAUGAACUUUACUUGAAACCUUGGCAUACUGCACAAAUACCCAUAACAGCUCUAAUUGAAAAAAUUGGUCCACAACAGAUCACUGUAAAUGAUCUAAAGUUCAACUGCUGUAUAAGUGAUAGUAAACAAGCAGUCAUAACAUUUUCCAAAGACAUCAAAAGUAUGGGCAUUUAUGUAAUUGAUGUUCACGAGAAUGGUGAUGUGAAUGCGAUUAUGCAUGAUGUCAGUAAAUAUUUUUUGGUCUCCAACCUAGUCGUACACAAAUCUUAUUGCAUUGGAGUGCGUGGUCGGUUAUUGGUUGCUGUAGAUUUAAAGAGUGGUGAAAUAUGCGCUGAAUUUUACACAUUAUUUUAUGCCUAAUAUAACUAUGCAUUCCAAUACAGGAACUUUUGCUAUUUAGUAACCAAAGGUGU